AUGAGUUCUCCCAAAAGACGUAUCGAGAAAGAUGUCAUGGCUCUAAUGAUGAGUGACCACGAUGUAACAUUGAUUGACGACUCGAUACAACAAUUCUUUGUCAUAUUCCAUGGCCCAAAAGACACCCCAUAUGAGGGUGGAGUGUGGAAGAUUCGGGUCGAGUUGCCCGAUCAAUAUCCCAUCAAGUCGCCGUCGAUAGGGUUCACAAAUAAAAUUUAUCAUCCUAAUAUUGACGAGGGCUCAGGAGCAGUUUGUUUGGAUGUCAUUAAUCAAACAUGGUCACCGAUGUUUGGAUUACUAAAUAUAUUUGAAAACUUUUUGCCUCAUUUGUUGAGAUAUGCCAAUCCUAGUGAUCCAUUGAAUACGGAAGCAUCCAAUUUAAUGACAAAGGAUGAGAAUAAGUACAAUGAAACGGUAAAGAAAUAUGUUGAGCAGUAUGCGAGCCACAUACCUGACAUGAACGGAGACGCUGAACGAGAAGGCGAAGAAGACGAAGACGACGAGUUGAGCGAUAUUGGAAGUUUAUCUGGCGACGAUGACGAGGAUGGGGUCGCAGGAAACCUUGAAAUUUGA